AUGGCAGCACCAGCUCUCUCAAUACCAGCUGUGGCUGUGUCCUCAUUGCCAGCUAUCUCCCCGUCCGCCACGACUUCUGUGUCGAUGACUGCGACCCCAAAACAGGAGAUUUAUACUAUCAACGACCUUCUGCGAGUAAGAGCCUCAGGAGAGACUGCGCACAAUCCUAUUGUGGCCUAUCCAUCUUCGGGCACCAAUUAUGUAUACUAUACACCUUAUCAGCUGGAUGUGCUUGUUGAAGCAGCCGCAGUACAAUACUCCAAGGCCAUUCCCCAGAGACUCGCAUCAGUUGAUCCCGUGCAAGUUGUCGGGCUGCUGGGUGUAUCUGAUUUUGAAUACCUGAUCACUCUAUUGGCCGUAUCCCGUUUGGGACACACCGUCCUGCUGCUGUCGACUCGCAUCGCUGAAGAUGCCUAUGUCAGUCUCUUGGAUGCGACCAAGGCCUCAUUUCUCAUUACCCACCCCAGCUUCCAAACGAUGGGAGAGAAAGUUACCAAACGAACGGGUGCUAUCCAACUCCCCGUCAUAGCGCCGGCGUAUGCAGCCUCACCCGAGGCUACAUCUGCCCAUCUCCCUGUCGCGCACUUGCACGGCCCCACUGAGAACAAGCACAUCACCUGGGUCAUUCACUCCAGCGGUUCGACCGGCCACCCAAAGCCCAUCUACCAGACCCAUUCCGGUGCCCUGAAAAACUAUGCCAACAACUUCGGGCUCCGGGGUUUCAUUACUCUUCCCCUCUUCCACGCUCAUGGCAUCAGCUGCCUGUUCCGCGCCCUUCACUCCCAGAAGCUCAUUUACAUGUAUAAUGCCAGCUUGCCGCUGACGGCCCCCUGCCUGCUGAGUACUCUGAACGAUCACGAGGAAAUUGAGGUCCUGUACGCUGUCCCGUAUGCCCUGAAACUACUCUCAGAAUCCGAUGAGGGUUUAAAGCGAAUGGCCCGUCUCGAGCUGGUCAUGUUCGGUGGAUCGUCUUGCCCCAAGCCAAUUGGGGAUACUCUCGUGCAGAACGGCGUCCGUCUGGUAUCCCACUAUGGAACCACGGAGACCGGCCAGCUCAUGACCUCGUUUCGUGACCGCUCGGAUCUGGAUUGGGACUACGUUCGUCCUGGCCCUUCCUUGCUGCCCUAUCUCCGUUGGGAGGAUCAGCUAGAUAUGCCUGGCAUUUACGAGCUCUGUGUCCUGGAGGGCUGGCCUUCCAAGGUUGCGAGCAACCGCCCUGACAAUUCGUAUGCUACCAAGGACCUGUUCGAAAAACACCCGACUACUCCCAACGCUUGGCGCUACUAUGCGCGUCUGGACGACACCCUGGUCCUGGAAAACGGAGAGAAGGCCAACCCGCUGGUGAUUGAGGGUGUUGCACGUAACAACCCCAAUGUCGGCGAAGCCGUCGCCUUCGGAAGCACCAAACCGCGUCUGGGUCUGUUUGUCAUUCCUUCCGAUAAGUGCCUUUUUAAAACCGAUGAGGAGCUGGUAGACAAUUUGUUCCGGGAUAUCGAGGCCUGCAAUGCCGAGCUGCCGGCUUAUGCGUACAUCUCGCGGGAUAUGAUCCACGUUCUUCCAAAGGACACCGUCUACCGUAGGACGGACAAGGGAACUGUCAUUCGUUCUGCAUUCUACAAAGACUUUGCUGAGAAGAUUAACGCGAUCUACGACGCUCCAGAUAAACAAGGUGAUCAGAUACUCGAGGGCCUUGAUCUGAUUCAGUUCCUUCGCGAGUCCCUCCUUGAAAUCGCCUCAGCGGUGGAACCUUCCUCGCUGAGCGAGAUCACAGAUGUCUUCAGCCUGGGUAUCGACAGUCUGCAGUCUAUCCGUCUGCGCAGUGCGAUCACUCGUACCUUAAACCUCGGAGGCCAGAAGCUGUCACAGAACUUCGUCUUCGAGAACCCGUCCCUCCAGGCAAUGGCAGACCAGAUUACUGCUCUACGUUCUGGUGAAGGUUUGAAGGAGCAGGCCCCUGUUGAAGAAAGGAUGCAAGCCUUGAUUGAUAAGUACAGUACCGAUUUCAAGACACACCUCCCCGUUGAUCGUGCAGAUGAUGGUGACUAUGUUGUGUUGACUGGAGCGACUGGCUCCCUCGGUGCUCAUAUUGUUUCUCAGCUGGUUCAGUUGGACCGCGUGAAGAAGGUCUACUGUUUGGUGCGAGCCAAGUCCUCGCCUGCCGCCUAUCGACGCGUGGCCGAAAGCUUGCGCGCUCGUGCGGUCUCCUUUACUAUAUCCCCGGCUGCAGGGCGCAAGAUCGUCGCUUUACCUUGCAACCUGUCUAAGUCCGCCGAUCUGGGCCUCGGCGACGGUGUCUACGCGAAUGUCAGAAGGUCAGUCACUGCGGUGAUACACUGUGCUUGGUCGGUCAAUUUCAACUGGGCCUUAGAGAGCUUUGAGGAGAGCUGUAUUGCUGCCACACGCAACUUGCUGGAUCUAUGCUUGAGCGCCGAGAGACCACGCCCUGCUUCGUUCUCCUUCUGCUCGUCGGUCAGCACAGUCGCCCGCACUCCUGGAAACUGGGUUCCAGAGGCCCUUCCCGCAUCUCUGUCGUAUGCCCAGGGGAUGGGAUAUGCCCAGUCCAAGCUGGUGACUGAGAACAUUGUCAACCGAGCUGUCCAUGCGACCGGCAUGACAGCUCGGGUCUUACGAGCCGGCCAGAUCGUUGGGGACACCGUCCACGGGAUCUGGAACGCUAACGAGGCCAUCCCAAUGAUGUUCCAGACAGCAAAGACCAUUCAGGCCCUGCCUCAGCUUGACGACGUCCUCAGCUGGACCCCCGUUGAUGUGAUGGCGAAUAGCAUCAUUGACCUCAGCCUGGCGCCUAAUGCCGCAGAGGUGAUGAACGUCACCAAUCCGACCCUGAAUCACUGGACACAAGACCUACUCCCGCAACUGAAAGACGCUGGCUUGAACUUUGAACAGCUUUCCAAGGAAGCCUGGCUGCAACGCCUUAGGGACUCCAACCCGGACCCCGAGGUCAAUCCACCGAUCAAGUUGCUUGAAUUCUUCGGCUCCAAAUACGACAAUAAUGACCCGACCCGCACACUCCUCUACGACACGAGGAAGGCACAGGCUUCGUCGCCCGCUCUCGCCCGCGCCCAGGGUCUCAACAUCCACAUUGUCUCCCGUUUUGUCAAUUACUUCACAACUCAGUGCUGGGGACAGUCUGUCGCUCCAAUCGUUCCUCGCAACGUCUUAUUCCUGAUCGGCCCCAGCGGCUGCGGCAAGAGCACGGCAGCACAGGCCCUGAAGCAGCAUCUGGACAUACCCGUGAUCGAAGGCGACUAUCUGCACUCUCCAGUCGCGCGACAGAAAAUGGCCAACAACCUGCCCUUGCAGGACUCUGACCGGUGGGAUUGGCUGUCGCAUAUCCGGGGCGCUGUGAUGGGCCGCCUGCUCGAACCGGAGACCCCCGCGAUCGUGGUGACUUGUUCUGCUCUGCGCACCGUUUACCGCGAUGAGCUGCGCUGCUUGUCGAAUCUAUUUGAUUUCCCGGUCAUUGUGACGUUCUUGCUUUUGUCGCUGCAGGAUCGCGAGCAAUUGAAGGGCCGUAUGGUGGCGCGGGAGAAUCACUACAUGAAGUCAGCGAUGGUCGACUCACAGCUUGAUCUGCUGGAGGAUCCUGCUGAUGAGCCGGAUGUGCUCGUGCUGGACGCAAGUCGGAGGAGAGAAGAGGUGCUUGAUGAUGUUGUGCAGACGGUGGAAGGCAUCUUACGGACGGGGUGA